GGUGACUUCCCGGGCGGUAAGUUGGGUUCGGCCUCGUGAGAAAAGGGAAAGGAAGAAUUUCGAAUUUUGCUUUUUUAUCGGUGAUGUGUUAUGCCAGUUGUCUCUUUUGGGGUUGAGAAUUGAGUGUGGACUACCGACAGAGCUUGGUGUUGUGAUCGGAGUCUGAAGUGAAGAAGAGGAAACAAGAGAAGGAAGGACUGCGGAAGAAACACCGGAGGAAUGUUUACCGAUGGAGAUCUCGCAGCGACAGCAAGAGAUGGGUACGAGGCCUUCGACUGCUCGAGAGCCGUCGCCCUCAUUGGCUUCCUCGGCCUCCUCUCCAACUUCCAGGACAUCAUAGACGACAUCGUCAACAACAACGGACGGCGAAAACGAAGACGCAUCGCAAGCGCACCCGUUCCCGAAACCCGACUUUGGGACGCCCUACAGGACGUGUUUUCGGCCUUGACUUCGACUUCACGACACCUGAACGCGACCCAGAGUGAGGACAACCUCAAUGAAGCAGGUUGGUUCACAGUGUCACCGGGAAAAGGGUCUGAUAUUUUGAUUAGUAUGGGCAGUAGGGGUGGAGAAUGAGAGGAAAAGAGUUAGUACUGACAUGCUGACAUAGACAUGUUGGGGUCAGAGUCGGGGCGGAAAGAACUAGCUAUCCUACUGUAUAAUUCCGCUAUUUAGUACGAAUAUUGCUCUGCGAAUAUGUGCCCUACAUCCACCUGAUAUGAGACCAACUUUUGGC